AUUGGUGUUGUGGGUGUGCAGCUGUGCCGUGCGGGGCCAAUGGAGUCGGGAAACACCACACACAAGACUUUGGGAGAGUUGCUAGUCGACAGGGGUGGAAAUGGCAGAACGACAGGCAUGGAAUAGGCAAAUACAGGAGAUGAAGCAACUGAUAGAGUUUCCUGUAAUGACAGUUAGCCAGCCUAUCGCCACAGAGGGGAAGUAGCCAGAGCGGACAGGCAAGAAGGUCACUAGCAUUCAUACACACACACGCACACACACACGCAGCUGCUUACAGUCAUAUUAUACUAGCAAACAUUUUCUCAUGUAAAACUGUACCUUAGUCUCUGUUAGCUGAUGUAGAGACUGGGAAGUAUCCUGUGAGUUCUUCCAUCAUGGACAACAAGACAGACGUGAAGGCCAUAAUGGCUCGCUUCAAUUCAGGACCAUCCCCCGGUGAUGGGCCAGCAGCACCUGGGAGUCGGCCGAAAGUCCCUGUGCACCCCACGCUCUCCUCUGGACCCCCUAUCAAUGCUAAGAAACCAGUGCUGGAGAGCAGCCUGUCCGGCAGCGCGGCCACCUCCAUGCCCAAACCCAACUUCCUGAAGAGCACGGCGUCCACCAGCAGCGCCCCGGAGAUACGCGAGUCACCAAAGCCCAAGGCGCUGGCGAACAGGUUCGAGGCAGCGCAAGAGGAUGGCAAGCCGAGUUUUGCCAAACAGUUUCCCUUCAGGCCGAAGCCCGGCGAGGCCCCCCAGGACAGCGAGCCAAAGAGCCCCUUUCCCAAGGUGCCUCUGCACAAGCCAACACUGGCGGGGACGAUGGCCGACCCCAGGCCGACUAUCCCGAAGCCCCCCCCAGCAGUGGCCAAGCCGCCCUGGCUCAAAGACACCCCCAAGCCUGAGGACAGUGCUGCCGGCCUCAUCCCACCAAAAUUACCCCUCGCACAAAAGCCCAAGAGCAGCUUCAACCAGAUCCGGCAGCAGCAGUCAGACGGGCCGGGACCACAGAAGCCCUUGGGAGUUCGGGCUGCUCAGAACACUUUUUUCAACAAAGACAGGGGGGAGGCCAAGGCAGAGGAAGGGAUAGAUGGCGAUUCGGCAGUCGGGUCGAAGCCUCCACCUCCCAUCUUCCAGAAGCCAGCCCUCAGCAAGAGGCCCAGUGAACUGGGGUUGCACGCAGUCAUUGAUGAUCCCUCGGCCCCCAAAAGGAACCCUUUGCCCAACAUUUUUGCCCUGGGUAGUGCCCCUGCUAAGCCCAACAGACCCCCAAACGUGAAUCUGGACAGGUUCAGUAAAGGCAUGGCAGCAGAGCCUUCAGCUGAGGGCCCCGGGUUCAGGAAAGGUGGGCCCCCACCUCCACCUGCGGCUCACCCCAGCAGUCAAGCAGCCUCCUCUGGGCCAAUGCCCCCCGCACUGCCCCUUGGCCUGCCCCCUGCCCUGCCCCCGUGCCUGCCCCCGAGACCUCCCGGAGCCAUAAUACAGCCUGGGCCUGAAGACAACUAUGAUGACCCUGGAUCCAUGUACCCACCACCACUCCCAAUAGGAGGUAAUAUCUUCACUUUAGUUUUUCUUUGGAACGUGCUUAUUGUGAUCCCGUCUUCUUUUGAACGUGCUUAUUGUGAUCCCGUCUUCUUUGGAACCCAAUCAGCUACGAGUCUAUCCACCUCAUGUUGCUGGUUGAGCUCACAUUGUGUCUUUCCUUUUCUAGGACACCCUGGUCAGAGACAUGAGGACAGUGAAAGUGAUGGGGAGAUGUAUGAGGAUCUUGAUGAGAAAUGGGCGCAAAUGGAGUCAAAGGAACAAGACAAAGACAAGAAGAAAGAGAAAGAGGAAAAGAAACGGCUUGAACAAGAAAAGAAAGAACAGAAAGACCGUGAACGAAAAGAUAACGAAGCCCGGAAGAAAUUCAAGCUGACAGGUCCGCUGCAAAUCAUCCACAAAGGCAAAGCACGAGUAGACUGCAAAGGUGGCAAAAACGAGCUUAACCUGAAGCAGAGAGAAUCCAUCGACAUCAUCCGCAUUGGGGACAACCCAGAGGGCCGCUGGCUUGCCAGGAAUCAAGAUGGCUCCUAUGGCUAUGUGAAAACAGACUCAGUGGACAUUGACUUCCAGAGUUUAAAACGACUUCCCGGCCAAAUAAUUGAUGAUCCUGAGGUGUAUGAUGACAUUGCCCCACAAAAUGAUAUUGGCAGUGGAGUCAAUGGUCAAGGAGUCAUCUUACCACCUCCACCUGAUGAUGAAGGGGACGAUAUAUAUGACGAUUUGGAGGAUCCAAGUUUAAUGAACCCGGACCCACAGGACACCAAGUCCCCUCCCAAAGCACGCGGCUUCCUUCAGAAGUUCUUCCGAGCCCCAGGCAACAAUACUGACGUGGCCCCUCCUGCACAGUUUACAGAGAGAACUUCUGAUAUAGAUGAAGAGAUUUAUGAUGACGUGGAUUCACAAGGUUUCCCCCCUCCUCCUCCCGUCUCUAGUCUGCCUAAAUUUAAGCCAAAGAUUGAAGACAAGGAUCCCAAAAGGCAGAAGAAAUUAGAAAAGGAGGAAAAGGAUUUCCGAAAGAGGUUCAAAUUUGAGGGUGAGAUCCAGACCCUCUACCAAGUGAUCAUCCUCCCCUCGCUGUCUUGCAAAAAGUGGGGAGGCAAGGACCUGCCUUUAACACCUGGAGAACACCUGGAUGUCGUCGUCAAAGCCAUGGACAACAAGCUAGUCUGUAGGAACUCAGAGGGCAAAUUUGGAUAUGUUUCAGUCAGCCACAUUGUAGUAGAGGAUGCUGAUAUUUAUGAUGACAUUGGGGAUGACUGUAUCUAUGACAACGACUGAUGGAUGCCAUGUUGUGCCAGUUUGUUGAUUCUACACAUCCUUGACGGGUUCAGCUAUGUUUUUGUUGUUGUUGUUGUUGUUGUUGUUUCAAUUUGUGCCGCGCUUAUUUAUUGGUUGUGUCUAGCAACAGGAGAAUUGUUUGGCAUUUUGAGAUCAACACAAUUUACAAACCACGGGAGUCACAGUGAAGGGUCAAUGCACUGUAUCAUUCAAUAGUAUGCUAUUUGUUCUUACUCAUUCUGUAGUUUCUUUAGCUAAUUUUUCCAUAUUAUAUGACAGCAAGGCUAUUACCUGUGAAAUGUAUAGUGAAUUUACUUUUGUGUUGUGUCAGUGGCCUACAUGAGGGUAUCACUGUUGGCAGACCUGCACCAUUAAUGAUGAAUGAUGUUUAUGAUGUUUACUGAGUUGGCUUUAAAGUUUGCUAUGUGUAAACAGCUACUGCAUAGGACUGCAUUAUACAUCUGUUGCAAGCAGUAUUGCAUUUGCCCUCUCUUGUGUUAACUUGUAAAAUGUCGUUUUGAAGAAUAAAUCAAAUAAACAGUCUUUAAUU